GGAAAAUACACACACAGCGAUAGCAUUAUCGAAAUGCAAUCGAUUGCAUAUGUGACAUGUGCACAUUUUACAGCACUGCUCGUGUUUAGUUUUUCACAAUACGGUCAACCCACAGCCGCAUAACUUACUUAACAUGUUGCAAGGUUUGCUGCAAAGAACCUGUGUGUCAGCGCUGAAUACGGCACAAACAUUGUUUGUGCGCCAGAAGCAUGCAUUCGACCGCGCCGUGCUGAAGCCCAAGGUGCGCUGCCAUUUCCCAAAGCCCCGCGAAGUGAAGCGCAUCAACGUACACGGCUGGGAGACGCGCAUGGCGAGCCCGGAGGGACGCAGAGUUCUGAUGCGACGCAUACUGAAGGGCAGGCACGAUCUGUCUCAUUAAGCAAUAAAACUAGCAAUGUCCUAAUAUAGUUAAUACAUAUUUCUCUAUACAUUUGUACAAAA